UACACAGAGGUAUGUUGACAGCCCUCAGCACAACUCGCUUCCCAGGACCGAGCAUGUCGUCUGCAAGAAGCCCACUUUGCGCGGUAGCACUUUUCGCAUUGCUGGUUCUUGCUUCAACAUUUCUUAUGAGGAGUUGGCACUAUGAUCUCCAAGAAAAGAUAUUUGCCAGUCGACACCCUGGCGUGGAUUUUCUCUCAGUACAGAAUAUUUUAUUUAAAGAACUUCAGGAGAGACACGAAGAAAUUAUACCCUUCUACAUUGCGACGGAUGGGGACAAUCUACUGGAGUUUUCGGGAAACUUUGUGUCGUUCUAUCCAUCAAUAAAACCAGAUCGAAUGCGUAAAUAUAACCACAAAGAAAAAAUAAUCGGAUCCAGUUCGCCUGAUGAAGAUGUGGUUGGCUGCGACCAGCUCGAUGACAUGAAAGUUGUGGAUUUCCUCGGCUCGGGCUACACGAAAACUGUCGUCAAAGUGGACUUGCCAGAUGGAUUAACAAUUGCACUAAAAUCUAUCAACAACCAAGGCACUGACAUGAGAAAAUGUCUUGAGGAGUUUAAAGAUCAUGUGGGCUGCCACGAACUUGUGUCUUUCAAACUGAAGAAAGAAAUAGUCCUCUUGCAGAGAUUACAGCAUCCAAAUAUUGUAAAGCUCAAAGGUCACUGUCGGGAUAGAACACCAGCAGGAGGGAUCACUGCCAUCCUGGAACAGGGGACUCCACUACAGAUGAUUCAACUCCUGCAGAGUCCCUGGGAAGAGCGCUUUCGGGUGUGUCUCGGUGUGGUGCGGCUGCUGCACUACCUGUCCCAGUCUCCCCUGGGCUCGGUCGCCCUGCUGGACUUCCAGCCGCGGCAGUUUGUGAUGGUGGACGGCGAGCUGAAGCUCACCGACCUGGACGACGCCACUGCCAGGGAGCCCCUCUGCCGCAAGGACGCAGACUGCUUCCUCCAAUUCCCCCUGCGUAACUUCAGCGGCCGCUGCUCGGAGCGGGGGCGUUGCGAGGGCAUGAACGAGAUGCGGAACCUCUACAAUGCCCACAGGUAUUUCUUCCUUUACCUUCUACCUCACCAAGCUCCGCCUACACUAAGGCCUCUAGUUGAUCAGAUUAUGAAUUCAACGGCUGAAUUAAGAAACGACAUCAAUGGAACACUGGAGGCCUUUGAAGAGGUUUUCCACAUUUUCAAGUCUGGGCUCCACCUUGAGAACUUGCCUCCAACAUUAAUCAGGGAGUACACUUCCAUGCGCGGCGUGAGCAGUGCGGGGAAUGUGGACUACCGAUGCUGGCCCUCGUACAGCCAGCAGGGCUGUGUUCUGUCCGUGCACAGCGCCAAGGAGGCGGCCGCCAUCUGCCACUCCCACCCCCAGUGCUCCAGCUUCUCGCUCAGAGACCAGAGGACCUGGACAGGACGUCUACUCGCCACGUUUCGGAGCGGCUUCAGCCAUCUUGUUCCAGAUGUGCACUCGGUGGUGUACGUACGAAAGACCAAGGCAAGCCUGGGAGGAGGCCCACAGUAGAGGACCCACGUGACAUCUCAGAGAGGGGCUGAACUGAAUAGAGGAGACCGGGCUUUUGCUGUGUACUGGUUCAAGGAUGGGAGAGGAAAGAGGUGGAGGUGGUGGUGGUGGUGGUGUGUGUGUGUGUGUGUGUGUGUGUGUGUGUGUGUGUGUGUGUGUGAGGGGGAUGGUGAUGUUGUCAGAAGCACAUGAAUGUAAUGGAUUUAAAGGGAUUUGCAUUCGGCGGUCAUUUGAUCUGACUGCCAAUCCCUGUGUGCUGCCUGGGUGCAUUUAAAUGGGAUUUCCCUUUAGGUAUAAUUAACCCCCCCCUUGCCUACACAUUCUCACACACACACACACACACACACACACACACACACACACACACACACACACACACACACACACACACACGCCUCCACUACCACCACCAACUUCAUCCUGCUUCGUAGAACUUGAAGGCAUGGCAAAACCUCUGUCUGUGUCUUAUUUCCUCUGAGCACUCGUACGGCUCACGUCCUACAGACAGAGCUUACUCACUCACUCACUCACUCACUGGUGGCUGGAUGUCUAUGAGAGAACAAAACAAAAACAGGAAGAAAAGAAGAAGAAGAAGAAGAAGAGAAACAACAACAACAGCAAAAAAGAGAAAGAAAACAAAAACACAAGCGCUUACCCUAACAGACUUUAAUCUUAAUUGGCCCAGAAGCUGUGCAGCUCGGUGGCAGUGGAAGCGGGGUCAGUGCUGGAGAAACGUGGAAGAGCGAUAAAGAGCGCUUCCCCCUGAGCAGGCCGAAAAGAAGUGUCUAAUCCGUGGUGCAGGAACAAUCGCCUGUGACGUUUAUGUAAAAAACAGCAAUGUUACGGUUCACUGACAGCUUCAUGCUGAGAUGCCUAGGGGGGG